AUGCCAGCAACGAAGAAAGCAGGCGUAACCAAAAAAGGCCAAAAGAAAUCAGCCCGCAUCAAGUCCAAAGUCCCGCCGAAACCUACUGGUAAACCCCCUAUGCCGGGCGAGAGGAAGGCGAUGCGUAAGCGGAUUGUGCUCAGUAAUACCAAUGCGCUGGAGGUAGAUGGGAUGGUGGAUUUGAGCCGCGAGAUGACCGGGAAGUUAGAGAACCAUGUUGGGAAGGUUGUGGGGCUUGAGGGGGCCACGGUUGAUGGAUUAAGGGCUGCGGAGGCGUUCAAGACGACACAGGGUUGGGGAUUGUUUAGACGGCCUGGUGUGCUGGUUAGGGAGGAGAGCGUGCAGUUGGGAAAGAGGAUGGCGGGUGUUGAACAAAGGAAAGAGACGCUCAGAAUUGUGGUUGAUGGCGGAAAGGGGACGGGGAAGAGUAUGAUGUUGCUGCAGGGCAUGGCUAUGGCUUUUGUGAGAGGUUGGAUUGUGCUUAACGUCCCCGAAGCCCAAGAAGUCGUCAAUGCAGUCAACGACUAUGCUGCUAUCCCGGGCACUACACCAACCCUCUGGUCCCAGCCAGCUUACACGGCGAAUUGGCUUGCUCAGAUUGCUAAAGCCAACGGCCCUAUCCUGAGCACCCUUAAGCUCUCGCAAAAACACAACCUUCCCAUUUCCGUCCCAUCCGAUACCACACUCACUCGCCUCUGCGAGCUUGGAGCCAGAGACUCUGACGUAGCAUGGCCUAUAUUCCAAGCGUUAUGGUCUGAGAUCACAGCUCCUGGCCGUCCUCCCAUUCUCAUGGUUGUAGACAGCUUGAGCUAUAUCAUGGAUUUAAGCCAAUACCGCGAUCCGGACUUCAACUUCAUCCAUUCCCACGAUCUUGCGCUCGUGAAACAUCUCACGGAUUAUUCAUCAGGAGCUCAGACUUUACCAAAUGGAGGCGCCUUCCUCGCCGCUUCGUCAAAAAGUCAUGCUCCUAUUUCGCUGAGCAUGAAUCUCGCGAUAACGCAGCAAGUGGAAAGGCAAAAGGGCGAGGAGAUCACAGAGCGGGAUCCGUAUGAGCGGAAAUAUGACCAGCGAGCGGAGGAUUCGCUCAAGGGAGUAGAGGUGUUGAUGUUGAACGGACUGAGUAAGGUGGAGGCAAGGGGACUAAUGGAGUAUUGGGCUGCGAGUGGGGUGUUGAGGCAGAGGGUUGAUGAGAGGACUGUUGCGGAGAAGUGGGCAUUGGCUGGAAAUGGGAUCGUUGGGGAGAUUCAGAGGGGGGCAUUGAGGAUGAGGAUAUAG